AUCUUUGAUCACGGUCUUUGUGAUUCAAAAACGGAAGUGAUGGAGAAGUGGGUAGCGGAAUUUUUCCUCCGUCGGCAACAAAAUCCUAGGGUUUACGGUUCUCCUCUGUUAUCAGCUCUGACACCGGUAGAUUCCGACGACUGUGUAAAGCUCAAGAUAACUGCCGUUUUGCGGGACAUCUCCAAUUCCUUGAUUCGAGGUACAGUCGACGAAGGAAUGCUUGAUAUCCUCGAGAUUUUGGAGAAGCUUAUGUUGCAGGAACGUUCUGUAAUCAUGGGGUCUCUCAAAUCUGCCUACUGCUGGACGGCUGCGGAAUGCACGCUUAGGUUUAUGUGGCCAGUGACUGUUUCGGAUGGCUUCUUUGGCGAUGCCCUUGAGAGGAUUUGGAAGAAGCGGAUUGGGAUGUUGAAGGGGAGAGAGAGCGAUUUGGUGAGUCACGAGUUGUUGAAAUGGGAGAGUGAUUUAAACGAGGCGUUUGAGGAACCUGAGAUUUACAGGAAGAUCCGUGAGACUAAUAUCAGGUACAAUGCCAUCUCUCAUCUCAGUCAGCUUGUUAAAGAGCAGUGGGCACUACUUGGGUGUUCCUCUCUUGAAUCAGAAGCUCGAAAGAGGUUGCUUAAGCGCAAGGAUUCCCGGAAUAGAGGUAAUGGCUUUGGUAGAGCAGGUGACAACAUUGACAAUAUUGGAGUGAGGAGGGAGGGCAGAAAUGGAAGCAGUAGAGAGAAUGAUAAUGAUGUUGAAGAAGUGGGAGGUGUGGAGAAACAUGAUGGGGCAGAUAAGGUGAAUGAACAAGAACAGGAACAUGAGCCAAGUCUUAAUAAGGGGGACAUAACAGUUGCUCGAGAGCUUAAGGAUUUUUUGCUGGAAAUUCAAAGACUCAUUGAUGCUUCCACUAGGCAAGGGCAAGAACCUGACGAUGCAAUGGAGCAGUCAAAUGAUGUCACUCCUCAGCAUGAUGAGGCAAAUAGGACUGAAGCAGAAGAUAGUGAGGGAACAUCAUCGUCUAGAAGAGUCCGGCCUCAUCUACCAACCCCGGAACCUCUGAAUGUAUCACCGUUGAAGAAAGUAAGAUUGGAAAGGCCGCGUCCCAGAAGGCCGAUGAAAUUCUGGACUCCUGAAGAAGUGGCAGCUCUGAGGGAAGGAGUGAAAGAGUUUGGAAAAUCAUGGAAAGAUGUCAAGAAUUCAAACCCUGUUGUUUUAGCUGAUAGGAGUGAGGUGGAUUUGAAGGAUAAAUGGAGGAAUUUAUUUGGUCGGUAGUAAUAGGAAUCUUGCCAGGUCGCUUAUGGGUGUUUUGUAUGGUGAAUAUGUUCUUGACUCAUCCCUUUGUAGUUAGUGUCAAACUUUAGACGGUAUUUCUUGUUCAAAAGUUUCCAUUGAUCAA